GAAGUUGCUGGAAAAGCUCAACAGGUUCUGGUGGAUAUCCAGUGUGUCAAUUGCCAGAAUGGAGGCUGUGGCACAGUGUGAUGUACCUGUUGCUAUCCUUCAGAAUCAGAUCAAAGCUGCCACGGACCCUGAGGAGAUAGCGAAGCUUCAGAAAGAGUUGGAAAAGCUCCUUGAGACAAGGGAACUGAUCCGCCAGACAGUGCAGGAGAUCGUUAAACUGGCUACAGACUCUGAGGAACAAGCUGAACGUAUCCUUGCAACUAAACAGCACCUCACGGAGAAGGAAAAGUAUUAUGCUGCAGUGGAAUAUUUCCGAGUUGAGUGCUUUGACUGGCACAAGCAGGAGUAUGAAUAUGCUCGUCACCAGCUGAGUGCCUUUGUCAAUUUGUGUGAACAGCGGGUCCCACUGACACGAAUCAAAGAAGCAAUCAACCAAGUGAGCAAGAAGCUGAAGAAGUGACAGUGGACCCCUCCCACCUCCAUUUAAUGGAGGCAAGCAUCUCCCUCUCUUGUUUUAUCUCUUGCAAAUGGAAUCAAAAAGUUUGAAGCUGCUGGGUUCUGUCUCUCAUGCUGCUGUUUCAGCCGAAUUAUUUAGAAUAACUGGAUGUGGGGUCAGUACUGACCAGCAAGUCACCUGAUACAAAAUCAAACCAUAAAGAAUCCUUAUACAUUUUUUAUAUAUAUCAUGCACUGAAAAUAUAACUACUUGGCAUUCAUAAAGUAAAUUCUGUUAUAUAACAUGCUUUGUUAAUGUAAUACGCACGCACUUGUCAUGUCAAUUUUGAAGCCUUGAGGUAUACAAAAGGAUAGACUGUUUGCCUCUAGGCCAUGCUCAUUGUAUACUAUGGUUUACAGGACAGAUCCUGUAUUGAUCCCACAAGGAUAAAUCACGUGGUUACCUGAUAGGUGCACUAGUCAGGACCACUUGGUUUUACGUACAAUUGUUACUGCUAUUGUUACUGGGGCAUUGUCUUUAUUUAGGGGAUCAACUUAUUGCUUUGGGAGGGUGGAGGAAAUGUUUACUGUGUGAAGCAUUUGAUGAAAUGAGUGAUAUCAUUCUGUAGUCCAUCUGCAAACAAAAGGAAAUUUUUCAGCAAAAAUCACUUACUUGAAGAAUGUGUCACUUUAAAAAUACUAGCAUUUUCAGGAAUGAGGUCAAAUGUCGAUUUACUGUUUGAUUAAUUUCACCGUAUUCUGUGAUUUUAAUUUUCCAAGAUAUAUCCAUUUCCUCCUGAACUAAUUUCUAUCAAUUCCUUUAUUUGUUUCAUUAAUACUGAAUUAACACAGGCUUGUCUAGGCUUCUCUAUGAUUGGAGAGUCCAUCUUCAUGAAUUGGGCUCUGUAACAUUUUAAUUGAGUCUCUUGAUAUUUGAACUUUUUACUGCAGUAGACAUUUUGCCUGGCUUAGUUCACAGAUCCUCCACUUGAAUUUUUUGGUUCAGAUCUGUAAAUCUAUUCUUUUCACUUGGUUUUAGAGAUCCCACUGGAUUGUCAACAUCACCUUCCUACUUAUCGGAUUAUACAACAAAAAUACUGCAUGAAUAAAGGCCAUUCAAUCCUUUAAAUUUAUUCCAUCCAGAGUCCACAUCUAAUUGACCAUCAAGAAUCUCUGUCCCACAUUGUGUCAAAGUCCCCACAUUUGAAAAUGUCGAUUUCCUUUAAAGAACUCCUGCAGCAAUUUAAAAACAAACAAGUGUCAUUAAUAUCUCUCUAGCCUUCAAUUUCCUUUCUCAACAGAUGCAGGCAAAGCUUGAAUUAAAUACCACCUGGUCUCAAAACUGCCCAGUUUCAUCUACUUUAGCCAUUCAUAUUUCCAGCCUGCAACGUUUUGUCCAAAUCAAACUGUUUAUUUACUUCUUGAUACCUUCCACUUAUUUGAAGGGUAAGUCAUGUCAUCUUGGAACGCCUUCAGUUCUUGUCCCUGAACUUAUGGUACCUAUAGAAUUCUUGUUUUAGGUCAUACUAUGAAGCUCCUGAGUUGUGUUAGAAAACAUGCUUUUGUUUGGAAACACAAUAAUAUUUUGAAACCAUCUAUAACAGUUAUGAAGGUAUACAAAAAAAAAUAUUUUUUACUAAACUUUUUCUCUUCAUUUCCUAUGACUGCACUUUUAAAGUAAUUAUUUGGCUGCGAAGCACUUUAAGAUAUCACUGAGUUAUGAAAGAUGUUUUAUAAAUGUAUUUGCUAUCACUAAUUUUGUUUUAAAUAAACAACUUAGGUAUUGUUCCAAUUGA